CCUGCCAACCAAACCCGUCUUCAUGCUCUGUACGUUUUCUUCGGACAUAUAUACCCAACAGCACAACCCCACCCCCAUCUCUCUCUCUCUCUCUCCUCUUCCUUGUCUGAAAAUAACAGGAAACGCAGAAAAACAUUCAUUGCAUUCCGCAGCAACCAAUCACUCCUUCCCUCCCUCCCUCUCUCUCUCUCUUUCGGAUUCCUUGAAUCGCUCCGUGCAUAUACUUGUCCCGCCUCUCGUCCUUCGUUUUCCCGUUCCGAGAUUGUCUUGUUGUUGCUGUGUCUUUUCUUUUGAAGGCCAGGAAAGGCUUUUGGAGAGGGCGUGUGGUCUGUCGGUUUUUUCUUCUCCUGAUCGGGCGGCGGCAUGGAACAGAAGAACGUGUUGCUGUCGGCCCUCAGCGUGGGGCUCGGCGUCGGCGUCGGCCUCGGGCUGGCCUCCGGGCAGACGGUUAGCCGGUGGGUCGGCGGGGGGAACUGCCCGGCCGGCGAGGUGACGGCGGAGAAGAUCGAGCAGGAGUUGCUGAGGCAGAUCGUCGACGGCAGGGAAAGCACCGUUAAGUUCGAUGAGUUCCCCUAUUAUUUAAGUGAGCAAACUCGGGCGUUAUUGACCAGUGCUGCCUAUGUGCAUCUGAAGCAUUCCGACCUCUCUAAGCAUGCACGAAACCUUUCGCCUGCUAGUAGGACUAUUCUGCUCAGCGGACCAGCUGAGCUUUACCAGCAAAUGCUUGCCAAGGCUUUGUCUCAUUUCUUUGAAUCAAAGUUGCUGCUAUUGGAUGUUACUGAAUUUUCACUGAAGAUGCAGAAUAAAUAUGGCAUCACAAACAAAGAACUGUCUUUCAAGAGGUCCAUAUCAGAGGCGACAUUCGACAGAAUGUCGAGUUUGCUUAGUUCCUUUUCAGGUGCUCCACCAAGAGAUCAAAAAAGAGGCAUGAGCAGGCAAAGCAGUAGUACAGACAUCAGAUCGAGGGCAAUGGAAGAGUCAAGUAAUCCUCCCAAGCAUCGCAGGAAUGCAUCGGCAAUGUCUGAUACGAGUAGUGUAUACUCUGAGGGCACUCCUAUCAAUUCAGCAGGACCUCCAAAGCGCUUGGGCAAGUUGUGUUUUGAUGAGAGAGUAUUUCUGCAAUCACUUUACAAGGUUUUGGUUUCGGUAUCAGAAACCGCUCCUAUCAUUCUGUACCUCAGAGAUGCGGAGAAGCUUCUUCUCCAGUCAGACCGGUUGCAGAAGCUGUUCCAUAAGAUGGUGCAGAAGCUGUCAGGAGCAGUUCUAAUACUUGGUUCUCGUAAGCUGGACACAGAUGAUGACUAUAGAGAAGUUGAUGAGAGGCUCAGUCUUUUGUUCCCCUACAACAUUGAAAUCCGGCCACCUGAAGAUGAGACUAAUCUUGUCAGCUGGAAAGCUCAAUUGGAAGAGGAUAUGAAGAUGCUUCAGGUCCAGGAUAACAAGAACCACAUUGCUGAGGUUCUAGCAGAAAAUGAUAUCAUCUGCGAUGAUCUGGGAUCAAUCUGCCAUUCAGACACGAUGGUCCUAGGCAAUUAUAUUGAAGAGAUUGUGGUCUCUGCCUUAUCGUACCAUCUUAUGAAUAACAAGGAACCAGAAUACCGUAAUGGGAAGCUUGUCAUAUCUUCCGAGAGUUUGUCCCAUGGGUUAAAUAUAUUUGAGGAGGGCAAAAGUGGUGACAAACACUCUCUAAAGCUGGAGCAAAAUUCUGAAUCUUCAAAGGAAAAGGAAGGAGAAGCAAUUAGCGCAAAAACUGAUUCAAAGCCUGAUAAUUCUGGACCUGAAACCAAGAGUGACACGGAAAAGUCAGCUUCUACAGCAAAGAAGGACGUAGAUAAUCCAUCGAAAGCACCGGAAGUUCCCCCUGAUAAUGAAUUUGAGAAGCGGAUAAGGCCUGAGGUUAUUCCAGCAAAUGAAAUUGGAGUAACAUUUGCUGACAUUGGUGCUAUGGAUGAGACUAAGGAAUCGCUUCAAGAGUUAGUCAUGCUCCCACUCCGAAGGCCAGACCUCUUCAAAGGUGGGCUUCUUAAGCCUUGCAGAGGUAUACUGCUUUUUGGGCCCCCUGGUACUGGCAAGACGAUGCUGGCAAAGGCCAUUGCAAAUGAAGCUGGAGCAAGUUUUAUCAAUGUCUCCAUGUCCACCAUUACUUCAAAAUGGUUCGGGGAAGAUGAAAAGAAUGUGCGAGCGCUUUUUACACUGGCAGCUAAGGUUUCGCCCACCAUCAUCUUUGUGGAUGAGGUGGAUAGCAUGCUUGGGCAAAGGACUCGAGUUGGAGAGCAUGAGGCUAUGCGGAAGAUUAAAAAUGAAUUCAUGACGCAUUGGGAUGGUCUUUUGACAAAAUCUGGCGAACGUAUUUUGGUUCUUGCAGCAACCAAUAGGCCUUUCGACCUUGAUGAAGCUAUUAUCAGGCGGUUUGAGCGCAGGAUUAUGGUUGGUCUACCAUCUAUCGAGAGCAGGGAAAUGAUCCUGAAAACUCUUCUGGCAAAGGAGGUAGUGGCAGAUCUGGAUUAUAAAGAGCUUGCAGCUAUGACAGAAGGAUACAGUGGAAGCGAUCUUAAGAAUUUGUGUGUGACUGCAGCAUAUCGUCCUGUUAGAGAUCUGAUUCAGCAGGAAAGACAGAAAAGUCUGGAAAAAAAGCGAAGAGCUAAAGAAGUUGAGAGCUCAGAAGAAGUCCCAGACACAAAGGAAGAAAAAGAAGAGAAUAAAGACGAGGAAGCAAUUGCUUUAAGGCCCUUGAGUAUGGAAGACUUGAGGCAGGCAAAGAAUCAGGUCGCUGCAAGCUUUGCAUCCGAAGGAUCUGUGAUGGCUGAACUUAAGCAGUGGAAUGAUCUGUACGGUGAAGGAGGUUCUCGGAAGAAGAAGCAGCUGACAUACUUUCUUUAAGAGGGCAAUAAGUGGAGGCUCGUCUAGGCAUUCAUGAGCAUAUUCUUUUCAAGGUUAUGGUCUUGUGGAUACACACAACCCGCCAGAGUUCGAGUCAAAAGUGAUCCGAUCCUGGGAGGAACAAGUUGGCAGUUAGUGCCAUUACCACAUGGAGGAAUCCCGACUUUACCACAUGGCUCAUACCAGAAUGUAUUAUAGUCGUCCUCAAAAUGCGCUUUCCAGCCUGUGUACAGAAUGAUUUAUAAGGGGUCCUCGGCUUGUCUCUGGCGAUCAGGAUGUCAUUUGCAACUUUUCUCCUUGGCCUUAGGAAUGUAGAUUGUCCUGUUUGAGUAAAUGGGGCUUCUUGUUUGAAAAAACAGCGUGGCGCUUGGGAAUGCAUAUUUAGGGGUAUGUUUGCAAGUGAAUUAUUAGUUUGUCAGCAGCAUAUGAUUGAUCAGCUCUUAGAACAGCAUUAGUAGUUGUAGAUUGUGUAAAUCUUUUGAAACUUACAGUGGAAUUAUUUAGGUUGGCUUGAUUGGUUUGUUUCAUUUUCAA